UGUCGAGAGGAAUGCGCCGACCACCGAUUAUCGAUUCGGACUAUUCCGCUGCUAACGUUCACAGGCAAGUGAGCGUAGUUGUAACCUUGCCAAGUUAUUUUGUAAAUUUGCCUGAUUAUCAGCACGAUGAGGGUUCUGACGAGUCGCCUCUCGUCGUUUGCUAACUCGCGAAAUCUAGUGCAACGCGCGAUGCAUCUGCUCCAGGACAAGGCGUACGUGAACGGAGAAUGGGUGACGGCCGCAAGCAAGAAAACGUUCGAAGUGAAGAAUCCUGCCACGGGGGAGGUGGUCGGUUGCGUUCCUGAUAUGGGUGUCGAGGAUGUGCAGAAGGCUCUGGAGGCGGCUAAGGUCGCAUACGAGAGUUGGCAUACGAAGACCGGUAAGGAGAGAAGCGAGCUGAUGAAGAGAUGGUAUUACUUGAUGGACCAGCACCACGAGGAACUGUCCAAGCUCGUAUGCGUGGAGUCUGGAAAACCUAUCUGCGAGUCCAGAGGAGAGGUCACCUAUGGCAACAAUUUUGUCGAGUGGUUCGCUGAAGAAGCAAGGAGGAUCCGCGGUGAGAUCAUCCCAUCUCCGAGCAACAAUAAAAAGAUGUUGGUGGAGAGGCAAGCCAUCGGAGUUGCGGCUCUUAUCACCCCCUGGAACUUCCCUCAUGCCAUGAUCACGCGAAAAGCGGCCGCGGCCAUGGCUUCCGGCUGCACCUGCGUCAUCAAACCCGCCGAAGAUUCUCCUUUGACAGCUUUAGCUUCGGCUAAAUUAGCUGAAGAAGCCGGAAUCCCCAAGGGCGUAUUCAACGUCAUCACAAGCGAUAAACCGAACGCUUCGGCCGUUGGAAAACUUCUCUGCACCAGCGAUUUGGUGGCGGGAAUUUCCUUCACCGGAUCCACGGAGGUUGGAAAACUGCUCUUCACUCAAUGCGCCGCUGGAAUCAAAAGGGUGGGCCUCGAACUUGGAGGAAACGCUCCGUUCAUGGUCUUCAGCUCGGCCGAUCUGGAUGCUGCCGCCUCCGGAGCUCUUGCCUGCAAGUUCCGCAACUGCGGACAAACGUGCGUUUCCGCAAAUCGAUUCCUGAUCCAGGAGGACAUCCACGACGAGUUCGUGGAGAAGUUCGCGCAGAAGAUCAAAUGUUUGAAUAUGGGAAACGGCAUUGACGAGAAGGUCAAUGUUGGACCGCUAGUUAACAAAGCGCAAUUCGAGAAGGUCUCUAAGAUGGUCGAAGAUGCUGUCGCGAAGGGUGCCAAAGUCAUCCUCGGAGGAAAACCUGCAACUGCUUACGGCGAACUCUACUACGAGCCUACCCUUUUGACGCACAUCUCCAGCGACAUGGAGCUGUACAAGGAGGAGGUGUUUGGACCGGUGGCCACCCUCAUCAAGUUCAAGACCGAGGAAGAAGGUCUGGCUAUCGCCAACGGAACGCAGCGAGGCUUAGCAGGAUACUUCUACUCCCAGGAUGUAUCGCAAAUCUUCCGCGUCUACAACAAGCUAGAAUGCGGAAUGGUCGGAGUGAACGAAGGUAUUAUCUCUGCAGCAGAGGCUCCUUUCGGUGGCAUCAAGGAAUCGGGUUUGGGUCGCGAAGGCUCUCAUCACGGCAUCGAAGAUUACACCUACUACAAGUACAUCUGCAUCGGUAGUCUCACAUAAAUUGCACUCCAAUUGAACUGAAUUAUUUAACUAACCAGAUCUUCCAAUUAAAGUCUUCCAAUUCUAAAUUUUAAGAGCAAAUUAUUAAGAAAAUAGAUACAAAUUCCCUAGGCUAUAAUAAUAUUU